AUGAGUUUAAAGACAUCGGACCCAAUUGCUUACUCUGACCAGGCAACAAGAGCAAACUACUGGAAGGAGGAAGCUGUCAAAUGGGAGAAGUUAUGUAUAAAGUACAAGAAGGAGGCAGAGGAUCUGAGAACAAAGUUGGACGAUCUAAAGGUCAAAUAUAAUGAAUUAUUGAAUGUUGAUGGAGCGACUACAAAGAGAUCACCAUCAUCAUUGGGUACAUCGAAUGAACAUAAUCAACCAGUAUCAAUUGGUAGUGUUGGAAGUAGUGGAAGUGGUGAGUUGGCAAUGUCGCCAACGAACUCUACAGAGAAGAAGAAGAAGAAGUGGAAUAUUAUCAAGUUCUUGGAUAAGAAGCAACCGAGCUCAAACGCAUUGCCAAUCGCCAGCUUGAAGAAGGAGUUGUCAAUGUCGUCCACAUCGAUAAACACAAGCAGCAGCAGCUUAAGCAGUGUUGUGAAUAACAACAACAAUGACGACGACUCACAACUAUCCAAUGGCUUCACUUAUGAUGAGCGCGAGCUUAGCACACACUACCAUCAUCUGCCCAAGCUAUUGGUCAAGCCACUAAAACAAAAGUCGUCGUCCUACGUGCGCUUCUCUGGGCCCGACUGCCCGACGCCCACUGAGGCAAACACAGUGGCGGGUGCGGCACGCGAGCUGUACCAGGUGACAUACGGCGACUCGGUCCACGCGCUGUCCACCAGCACCUACCCCUCGCCCAUUGGCUCCAAGGGCAGAGACGGCGACCCCAUCGCCGACCGCUACAACGUCGUGAUCUACGAGAACAGAUUGAUUGCCUGUUUGGCCGAUGGCUGCAACUGGGGCCUUCGUCCACAAGAGGCCGCAAAGAAGGCCAGCGAAGCAUUCAUCGAGUACUGUAUCUCAAAGAGCGAGUCCAUCCAGGAUGUCAAGCAAGUUGGCAAGAUCCUUUUUGAUGCGUUCGAGUCGGCACAUCAUUCAAUCCUCAAGGGCAAGGACGACCUGUGGGAGGCCGGCACCACGACCCUGCUGGGAGGCCUUCUGCUCGAGAUCAACAAAGGCGACGACAAGUGGUCGCCAGAGUGGGAGUUUGUAUUGGCGUCGGUCGGUGAUUGCAAGGCCUACCUGAUCACCGAUGGCGAAGUGUCAGAUAUUACAGAGGGCAACAGAGUCAGUCUGGAUGCCAAGGACUGUGGUGGUCGUCUAGGUCCACAUCUGGAUGAGGGCAAGCCAGACCUGAGGAAUCUCAAUGUGUUCUGCGCCAGUGUCAACCAGGGCGACAUCAUCCUACUGGUGACAGACGGCGUGCACGACAACCUCGACCCCUCGCACCUUGGCAAGACGCCCGCCGACAUGUCCAAGGAGUUCAAUCUCUCGGGCGCCAAGUGGGCCGAUGUCGACCUGUCCAAGGCCGUGCAGGCCAAGACGGCCUUCACCACCAACUUCCUGGAGACUAUGCUGCAGGGAAUUACAUCGCCAUCCGAGAUCACACACAAGCUUAUCAAUCACUGUUGGGACACGACACAGACGUCGCGCAACUUCAUGGAGACCAUGUCCGGCAAGCGAUUGCCACAGGACUUUGUAAAAUAUCCAGGCAAGAUGGAUCACACGACGUGCAUCUGUUUCCGCGUCGGACAGUUUGACAUCUUGAACGACGAUGGCAGCAAGUCGUCAUCGUCCACAGCGUCAUCAGUGAUGCCAUCGCCACAAUCAUCAACACCAUACAGCUCACCCAGUAUCUCAUCACCACACAGCAACAACAACAACAACAACAGCCAUCAUCCACAGCCACAUAAGGAUUGGGUAAAGACCAAGGUGUCUGUACACCAUCCAAUCAUUUCACCGUUCCUGAAAAAGGAGUUCUCUCUCGAUUCCAUGGCCAGUCCCAAUGACACGUCCAGCCAGAUAUCGACACCCAACAGUAGUCCACGCGAGGAUCAAUAA